CGCCCCGCGGCAGGAAGGGACUCCCCCUGCCGCCCCGCCUCGCGGGCCGGCCCGCAGGUGCGGCCGGGCUGAGCGCUGCAGCAGGAGGCGGGCAGGAGCCCGGCCCCGCCGCGAGGGAGUCACCGGCGCUGGGCGGGAAGGGCUAAACCGCCGCCUCUCCAGCGGCGCGGGGGAGCGCCGGCGCCUCCUCCUCCAGCUCCCGCUGCCGCCCGGCUCCGCCGAGGGACUGCCGGCUCCAGCGGCGGGGUGGGGACAGCCGGGGGCGGGGUGGAGGUAGAAGUUGCGAGGAGCGAGGACGGGACUGGAGGCUGCCGGGCUGGAGCCCCGCGCUGCUGCCGCAGCCGUCUGAGGGCAGCGCACUGCCCAGCGCUGCUGUGGCCGGUUCCGCCGCACCGACUGGAGUCAGUGGCCCCUUGGCCUGUCUGUCCGCGCCCAUGGGGGACUCGGUGUUCAGCGAGAAGCCGGCGCUACACUACGCGGGUGAUUUCACUUGGAACAGCAUGUCAGGGCGCAGCGUUCGGCUGAAGUCAGUUCCCGUUCAAAGCCUCUCGGAGCUGGAGCGUGCUCGGCUGCAGGAAGUGGCUUUUUAUCAGUUGCAGCAGGACUGUGACCUGGGCUGUCAGAUUACUAUCCCCAAAGAUGGACAAAAGAGGAAGAAAUCACUAAGAAAGAAACUGGACUCACUAGGAAAGGAGAAGAACAGAGACAAAGAAUUUAUUCCCCAGGCUUUUGGAAUGCCCUUGUCCCAAGUGAUUGCUAAUGACCGAGCCUACAAGCUGAAGCAAGACUCUCAGAGAGAAGAGCAAAAAGAUGUUUCAGAUUUCGUGGCCUUUCUUUUGCCAUUCGGAACUAAAAGGCAGAACAAAGAACUUUCCAGCAGCAACUCAUCUCUUAGCUCAACUUCAGAAACACCAAACGAAUCCACUUCUCCUAACACUCCCGAGUCAGCACCACGAGCAAGGAGGCGGGGUGCAAUGUCUGUGGACUCUAUUACAGAUCUGGAUGACAAUCAGUCACGAUUAUUAGAGGCUCUCCAGCUCUCUUUGCCAGCAGAAGCCCAGAACAAGAAAGAAAAAGCAAGAGAUAAGAAACUAAGCCUGAACCCUAUUUACAGGCAGGUUCCCCGGCUUGUAGAUAGUUGCUGCCAGCACUUGGAAAAGCAUGGUCUCCAGACAGUAGGAAUAUUCAGAGUUGGAAGCUCAAAAAAGAGAGUAAGACAGUUACGUGAAGAGUUUGACCGGGGCGUGGAUGUUGUGUUAGAUGAAGAGCACAGCAUUCAUGACGUUGCUGCUUUGUUGAAGGAAUUUCUUCGUGACAUGCCUGACCCUCUUCUCACCAGAGAACUUUAUACACCUUUCAUCAACACUCUCUUAUUAGAACCAGAUGAGCAGCUAAACACCUUACAGCUUCUCAUUUAUCUUCUACCUCCCUGCAACUGCGAUACUUUACACCGGCUGCUGCAGUUCCUCUCCACAGUGGCUGGCCACGCAGAAGAUACCACAGACAAAGAUGGCCAAGAAAUUACUGGCAACAAAAUGACAUCACUUAACCUGGCUACCAUCUUCGGCCCUAACUUGUUGCACAAGCAGAAGUCUACAGACAAAGAAUUCUCAGUUCAGAGCUCAGCUCGAGCUGAAGAGAGUACUGCUAUCAUAGCUGUUGUACAGAAGAUGAUUGAAAACUAUGAAGCCCUUUUCAUGGUUUCCCCUGACCUACAGAAUGAAGUCCUUAUUAGCCUAUUAGAGACUGACCCAGAUGUUGUAGACUAUUUGUUGAGGAGGAAAGCUUCCCAGUCAUCGAGCCCUGAGAUGCUGCGGUCAGAAGGUUCCUACUCCACAGGAGGAAGGCAUUCUUCCACAGACUCCAACAAAGCUUCAAGUGGAGAUGUCUCCCCUUAUGACAACAACUCCCCGGUACUCUCGGAGCGCUCACUGGUGACAAUGCAAGAAGAAGUUGCCCGCAGCCCAGAUAAGCUGUACAAGGUACCCGAGCAGUACGCACUGGUUGGGCACUUGCAACCUAAGACAAAGGAGAAUUCUUCUGCAUCACAGGCUGGAAAAGAUGUUUCUGAAGAUCAUUUUGAUAUCUGGGGUACCUGGCAUUCAACACUGAAAAGUGGCUGCAAAGAUCCAUCAAUGACAGGUUCUUAUGGGAACAUUUAUGAAAGCAGCUCACUGCGACCGGGACAGUGCUCUCUUUCCCAGGGGAACCUCGCCUUAUAUUCUCCUCAGUGGCAGAGCAGCUCCUCUGACUUGGACACGAGCAGGCAGGCCAUGAGAAGGAGCCAGACGACUGCUGCCAUUACUGAGUGCCAGCUCCAUCCCACGGUGUCUCGGAUGUGCAGUAACUCACAAAUUCAGCUUGGCAGUAGGAGUUCAGAUCUGCCACACUCCAAGUCAGAGCAGCAUUUGACUUUAAGCAGUGUGGAGGACCUCAGUGAGCGUGACUCGAGUGCAGGUUGUUCACAAGGCACAGCCAAGCCUCCCUACAGGAAAGAGCGACCACCACCUCCCUACCCAGGCACAGCGAAAACGAGCUCUGUGUUGUCACAGCGAUCCAGUGUUUCUUCAACGUUGCACUCUUUGUGGAGAUUUCAACGCCCAGAAAAAAAUUCAGGGACCAGAGCAGCUGGAGGACCACCACCUAAAGCUCCUGACCGGGCUCCAUCCAAGCAGGAGCAUCUGGCCCCACACACUCAAGCAGGUCACAUCUGUUCCACAGCACCUCACAGUCAGAACAGUAAAAGUAUUUCGGAGUCGGACUGGCAUGAUUGGCAAAGGGAGAGGUGGCAGAUUUGGGAGCUAUUAUCAGCUGAUAACCCUGAUGCCCUCCCAGAAACCCUUGUAUGAUUGGACUCUACAGAGCUGCCACUUACACCUGUGCCUCUGUCUCAUAGGAAAACAGUGGUGAUGUUGGAAAGUGGAGGUGGGGGGUGAGGGCGCAUUUGUUUUAUACCAAACUGAACUGCAUCUACUUUUCAUUUUUUAAACUCAGUUCACUUUAAUUUCUUAACAGCACUGUCAAGCAGCCCAUUUACAAAUACAACCUGUUCCCUGUUUUUCAGCAAGCUUUUGAGAAAAAAAAAAAAACCAAACUAAACAAAAAAGAUGAAAAGAUUUAGUCUCAUAACUCCGUAUGCAAACGCUGUGUGUAAGAUCAGACCGUCGCUUUGAUGUUGCUUAAACGUGUAUUUAUAUCUCUGCCCCUUCUGAUGGUUGUAUAUUCUGUGGUGAGUAUUGUAUGAUAAUCAUGUAUUAUGUUUUCAUAUACAGAUGGCAAGCAAUCGUGACUGCUUUGUUGUUGUUGUUGUUUUUAAAUCACUGCACUUGCAUUACCCUGAUAUGCCUUGGAACUCUCUAGAAAGUGCACAAGCUGGUUUCUGUGCUUAUAGUAAAGUAAAUAAACCCCCCCCCAAAACUGGAGGAAGUUGUCCUCCUUUUCACUGCCUGUUGAAAAACACUAACCUAGAGUGGAACGUGAAAAGCCAUAUAUUUUAUAAGGGUAGUAGUGAGCUUAGAGGUUAAAGUACUAAAUCUAUAUAUUUUUUUUCUUAUAUUUACAAACAAAAUUAAACUUUGAUACAAGAUUGUAAAAAAUUUUUCUUUUUUUCUUUUUUUUUUUUUUUUUAUAGACUCUGAUAGGAAGCAGCUUAGAGAAUCAACUAAGAGCAAGGCCAGGCCCAAACCAACUAAGGAAGGUCUGUCUUUCCCAUUCUAGAGGAAAAACCAGUGUUAUGUAUACAGAAUAUAAUAUAUAUAUUUAUAAAUGUAUGAUUUUAUGUAUUGCUCUAAAAACAGUAAACUGGAAUCCAAAGUUUAGAAAACCAAACCAAGUAAAUUGAGGCUUGUAACAGCUGAGAAAGAAUACAGCUUUGCCUUUGAAAUAGCAAAGCUUGAGCAUUAAGUCAGAGAAAGCUUCAAAACACCCAAAAUAAUCAAUGCAGACAGACGUAGGAAAGGGAGUUUGAGAACUGAACAGGACGUUUGGAAAAGUUGACAGCUGCAUUUCUAUAAACACUGUGCCAAAGUGGGGGUCAAUUGUGCUUCUUGGGGGGGGGGUGACUGUGUGUUGCGCCGUUAAACGUUGCCGGUUUAGACGCAUUCCGGUGGGUUUGAGUUGCAAAAUCGCCUGUGGCCAGCAGGUGGCGAUGUACUUCAGUAUUCUUUUUAUCACUUGCUAAGGGAAAGUAUAUCGAAAGGACUCUAUAAAACCUAUUAGUCUUAAUUCUAACGAAGUUGAAGACUUAUCCAGUGAUGUUGUCUUUAAGUUCUAUCUUGUGCCAUAAUGAUGUGGAAUAAAAAAGCUAAGCAAAA